GGUUUUUUUCUCCACGUUUGCGGGAGCGGGCGCCAUAUUUGAAUGUGAACGGUGGCCAGUCCGGAGCAAGGGAGGGAGGGACUGGAAUCUGAAGCCGAAGUCAAGAUAACGGGAUGGGGAAAAUGGUAUUACAGGCCCUUUUUACAACCAGGAAGCUGUCUAUGGAAGCUGCUGCCUUCUUUGCAAGGACGGCUGUAAUGUUGGGAAAGGUGACCUCACCAUGUUGGGGUCCGGUCACAGAGGGGUGCAGAGGUCACGCGUCGGACUUGUGAGCGUCUUUGACAAUCGCGCCUGCUGCCUUGGGGUGAAAACAACAACAACCACCCUGCAUGGAUGAACUGCUGUAAGACCUGCGAAGGGGACGCCCUGCGGGCAUGAAAAGAAGUAGAUUCCUGGAAAAUUGAGAAUAACCUGGCCCAUUAGCAGAUAGCAAUAUUUCAAAUGAAGUUUGUUUGGGGCUUUAAUGUUCAAAUUGAUAUGCUAUGUCCAGAAAAAACCUGGCAGAUUGUGACACAGAAAGUGAAUGUGAUUUUUAUUCUGACUGUUGGGAACAAAGUGUUACAUAUAACAAAGAUUUGACUGACUCUAGCACUGAAAAUUACUUCUGUUUUGAUUCAUGCAGCUUGUUUGAAAAAGAAAAAGGGGAAAAGAAGUUGCAUGGCAUAGUGCUUAUAUUGGAAAAUAGCCAGGUAGACAGUACAAGUUUCUGCAAAGACAAUCCUUUGCUGCAAGGAGAAAAAGUAGAGUGCACUAAUAAAUUGCAAGAAGAAUUAUCACUGGAAUCUUUAUUGUUUUUCAAGUGUAAGAACUAUAAUACAAAUGGCCAGUCACUGAAAUCUUUUUCAAGCAAAAUAGUUCCAUUCAUAUACAGUAGUUCUUAUGGAGACCACUUAUGUUUAAAUAAAGCAAUCCCUCAACUGAUCCUUACUGAAAAUUCCAUUGAAGGACAAAUCAUUUAUACAGUGAAAGAAGCUUGUGCAUUUGAUAAAUUCCAUCAGAAGCAGUCAUCAGAUGAUAACCCUCUACCUUCAAAGCAAAACAAAGCUGUGCAAGUUUCUUCUAGAGAAAUAAAAAUAAAGGACAAUAUUUGCUAUAAAUGUUUCAAACAAUCACCAAUAUCUACUGCAAUAAAUAAAGACCCGAAGAAACCUAAAAACUUCCACAGUUUUGAAAGUCAUUUAGUAAGUAGCCAUUCAGAAUACUCCUCAGAUUCCUAUCAAAUUAACAACCAAAUUGCUGAGCAGAUCUGCUCACAUUCCAGCUCAGAAGAGCCUAUUUCUUUGACACUGGAAGCAACCUAUGUAUAUCCAGAUGGUUCAUUAGCAAGCAAUUCUGAACUUUCAGAUGUGAGUGAGGAUGAAGAUUCCCAGAGGCAUGCUUUAGCUUUUCAGUUUAAAGACUCUGAACAUAAUCAACUGUUUAAGAAGUUGCAUCAUUUUAUAGUACCACAAAAACAAGCCACACAUUUUAAAAAGCAGGGAGAACUUUCUCAAAUUCUAAUUGAUGAAGCCAAUUACCUUCUAGGAACUCACUCAGAUCCACCAGAAUCUAGUGCUUCCAAUGAAUAUUCUGAUCAAGCAUUACCUACAUCAAAUCUUUGGUCCUCAUAUUUCUCACCCUUCAAAUAUUCACAGGCAAAUCAGUUACCUCCCUUUUUUCUUCAGUCAUCACCCCAAAAUCCAGUUAAAUCUACUUUUCAAAAAAGAAAACUAAAAGUGUCCAAACCUGUAAAAUCUGUUGUGUUUACCAAACAGAAAACAUUGCAAAGAGACCAAAAAUAUAAAAGUAAGCCAUCUAUCGUCUCCAAAUUUCAUUCAUUUAAAACAUUGGACUUUGAACCUAUAGACAAAAAUAAAAGAGUAAAAGAACAAUAUGUGUCUUUAAAUCAAACGUCUAAAUGCCACUGCAGCCCAUUGCUUGACUUAACUGUUGAUCUGCAUUCUGAAGACAAAAAUUCUGAAAAGUUUCUAACUCUUCACAGAAGUUCUCACAAACAAACUCGAGUUGGCAAAGUCAUUCAUAGGUUUUCCUCCUGUUAUUUGCUAAGUCCUAAAAACAGUUUUGAAAGGCUUCACUAUAUUUCUCCAAUUAGAAAAAAAAAUCAUUUGAAGAUGCAAAACAUAAUGAAUUAUUUUUUAGGCUGGACUGGCAGAGAGAACAGAGUUGAAAAAUAUAAAGAGGAUAUUUCUCCCACAUCAAAGAUACGGGCAAAUGAGACUUUUAUUUCACAUAUGCCAAUUGACAAAAGGAGUUCAACUGUUCCACUUCAUCCACAUUCAAAUAAUUAUUCUGUUCCAUUUUCCACAACAUUGCCUUUUGUAGAUGAGAUGAGACAUUCACAAGUUCCUUCUUUGCAAACAGAGAGAAGAAGUCCUAGAGCAUUGUAUAUUUUUCCAAAUGAAUGUAAGCAUUCAUAUGUUCCCUGUGUGGAAAUGGAGAGGAAUCAUUGGAGUCCUGUGGAAUCUUAUGGUAAAUACAGCACCUGCCAUUCCCCUUGUUGUGCAAAUUCUAAAACACAACAGCCACCAAAUAAAUUAAAUAUGUGUAAUAAUAGAAGUAUGGAAAAACUGAAUUUUGGAACUAGUCAGGUGGCAGAUGGAGGCUUGGUCCUAAAGAAGUUUUCAGUGUGCUCCUGUGGAACUAUGUCACAAAGUGGUUUGUUUCCUAACAACGAUAUUUCAGAGUCAGUUAGAAGGAAAACUAGACCAACCCCAGAUAGUAAUUGGAAAGCCAAUAAGACUGCCUCAAACAGAUGGAAUUCAACUGCAGGAAACUUCAACACUGAGAAAGUGUGCUGUGGUUGUCACCAUGUCUGUCCAACAUGUUCUUCGCACAAUCUAUGCAAACACAAAGAAACCAAGAACCAAACUGGUCCAAGAAACCAGGUUACUGAAGUAGCAUCUUUAUUUGAAAAUGGAUUUCCCAUAAGGAAUUUGAAAGAGGAUGUAGAAAAAAGUGAAACCAUGAAAAUAGGUGAAAGAAAAGUCAAAUUUCAUCUAGGUUCAGAUGCUUUUCAAGACACUGACCUUUUAACCACACACAUUUCAUCACCAACUAAUGAAUGUCAUCAAAUACCAAAACAUUUUGUUUCUCAACCAGAAUGUUCAUGCUGCCAGACUGCUGUUAGAGAACACCUCAGCACAUCAAAAGUAUCUAAUUGUCUUGGUUCAGAAAACCACGUGCCAAAGAACUACCUCAACAGAGAGAGUAUAUUUCUAGUGGAUCCUAAUCGGCAAAUUAAAAGCCAGUGUAAAUGUUCCCAUGAAAUAUCUCUCUUCAAGCCCAAGCAAACUGAUGUAUAUUCAGGAAACAGACCUGAGAUUUCAAAGAGGAAGGAUCCCAAACUUACCCAGGAGUCUUCAAAGUUUAAUCAUGGUUGGAAGAGACCUGAACAAUGUAAAUAUUGCCAAGAAAAAAAUCAAUACAGUCAUUUGCAGUAAGAAAAAGAUGAUUUAAAAAUAAUGAAAUAUUGGUAGAUCUUGAUAUGAACUUCAGAGAAAACCCAUUGAAGUACCACAAAAAACAGUUAGAGGCAAAAACAUAUAAUUUCACCGAUGAAGAGUAUACAUUCUGCUCCAAAUAUGAAGGGUGAGAAGAUAAAAGCUUCCUGCAGAGAUAUCUCCCAUUACACUCAGUUGAACUUAUUUCUAAAUAAAUAUGCAUAGGAUUAAGUUCUUAAUAA